AUGGUGGAAAUUUUAGUCAGGUUAAAAAAUUACGGGUCUUUGGUUGUGGAUAGCUUGGAAGCUAUGCGCAAUGAGUACGUCGUGGCAAUUCUUCAUACCGCAAUCAAUAUUACAAGAGAUUCUACAGGGGAAGAGCUCAGCAUGAGGCCUGAAUACGAAGUAAUAGGUGAUGAUAGCACAGGACGGGUCGACUUCGCAAUCAAGGAAAAUUCUGAUCUUAGAAUGAAGUUCGCUAACUUUGAUGCUGAGAGAGCUGAACUUAAACGUAGGAUUGCCGAGGCUCUAAGAUCGACUGAGGAAGAGAGAACGAGGCGUGUUGCUGAGAAUACCAAACUCAAGGCUAGAAUUGAGGACAAAGCAGAGCAAGCAUCUCUUAACCAAGAUCAAGAAUCUGACACCGGGUGCUCCACUUCUGAAAAGAUACCGGAGGUAUCGAAUCCCGUGACUAAAAUUUCAGCCGGGGCCCCCGGCCAAAAUAGCCAUAGGAAGAAAGGUGCAGAAAACAUCGUACAAUUGAUAGCUGACGGUAUUAAGGAUGAUGCCCAAUCGAGCGACAAAACCAUUCCUUGCGAUGUAGGCGUAGAGAAUAUUAAGUAUAUUACUACAUAUAGUGCGAACUCUAUUUCUGAGUUGACUAAUGAUAAAGUUCAAGAUAUCAUAGAGGCCUCAGAAAGGCGGGAUAAUUUAUCCGAGCAUAAUGAUAACGAUAACACUGAUGUGGAAGAAGUACUAACCAAUAUGGUUAGGAUUUCAGCCGGGGGCCCCGGUCAAAAUCAUGUAACAAAAAAUCCUGAAACCAGAGAAAGAAUUAUAAAUGCUCCACCGGCUUUGAAAUCAACUGAGGUUAAUACAUCGGCAAAUGUAUUAUCUGCACCUCAAUCUAAGCCCGAUCAUUCCUAUUUUCGCAACAAGAUUUUGGAUCAAUAUCCUAAUCUAUAUAGAGAAUGUAGUAUUGAAAAUUUCGACUAUUAUGGGAUUACUGAUGAGACAACAUGCGGGGACUAUAUCUGCCCAUUAUGCAAAUUAGGCCAUGAUGGUGAAGAAAUAGAAGGUAGGUAUAAAGCAGGAUCUUACUUUAUUAAAUGUGAACAGCGUGAAAUUGAGAUAGUUGUAUAG